GCUUUCAUUUCCUUUCACCCUUUCGCUGUUCCUGCAUUCGGCGUCGCUGGGAGGGCUGCACGGUACCGGUUGAGGCUCUAGUUACGGUCCAGCCGCGCCGAUCCAACUUUGGGGCCAAGAAAUUUGGAAAGCGCUCUUUUUUCACGACGCGUUUUUAGCCGGAUCCGGCGCCGUCGCUCUUUGGAUUGACGCUCCCAUUGUGGCGAACGGUGCCUCGAGGACAGAUCCGGCACUGUGACCAGUAGGAUCGGUCUCCUACGGCGUCGACCGGUGCCUGGAGGAAAGAUCCUGUCUCCUUGACGUGCUUAUCACUUUAGGCUCCGAUUGACUCUUCCAUAAUGACUACCGUUGAACUGGAAGAUAGAUCCGGCGUCGUGCGAAAUCUGAUACAAAUAGAGCACCGAAGUGGCGCUAUGUUUCCCACUAUUACACAGUGGCCAUCAUUGUUCUACUGGCCAACCGGUAUUUCUAGGAGGCAGUGGCCGUACCGCCGUACCGCCGUACCUUGGAUCUGCAGCAUCCGUCCUUUUGAAUUUUAAAGGGAGGGCAUGCACUCAGAAUUCAAACCACAAUGAGGCGUUUUGGAGGUUCUGGCACCUAGGUAGAGUUCAUACGGAGAGGUAAUUCAUUAAUCUUUAUAUUUUCCUUUUAUGCUUUCAAAGAGGCAAGAUUCUAUCUCUUUCACACAUGUUUGGGAACUACUUUAGUUAAAAGACUCUCAUUCUCUAUGCUAUGAGAAGAAAUUGAUGACUGCUUA